GAGGAGGUGAGGCUGGGGAAGAUUAGGCUGGAGGUCAGACCUUCUAGGGGGAAUCUUCUAAUGGUCUUAGGGAGGCUUAGCUGGCCUGGACCCACCCCCUUGCCGCCUGCCUCCUUCAUCCCCAUUCAUGUUCAGUUGGCCAGGAGAUGAGGAAGAAGCUGGUCAAGCCACUUGGAAAGGGAGGAAGAGGGCCCUAGCCUAGGGAUCAACCAGCAGAGGCCUGGGAGGAGACAGACCCUUGCUCCCUGACAUUCCUCUGGGGCCAAGAUGGGGCAGCAAUUCAGCUGGGAGGAGGCGGAGGCAGCCGGGGAGAUGGACGUGGCAGAGCUCCAGGAGUGGUACAAGAAGUUCGUGGUGGAGUGUCCCAGCGGCACACUCUUCAUGCACGAGUUUAAGCGCUUCUUCAAAGUCACAGGCAAUGAGGAGGCCACACAAUAUGUAGAAGGCAUGUUCCGAGCCUUUGACAAGAACGGGGACAACACCAUCGACUUCCUGGAGUACGUGGCAGCCCUGAACCUCGUGCUGAGGGGCACCCUGGAACACAAGCUGAAGUGGACUUUCAAGAUCUAUGAUAAGGACCGCAAUGGCUGCAUCGACCGCCUAGAGCUACUUGACAUCGUGGAGGCAAUUUAUAAGCUGAAGAAAGCCUGCCGGGUGGAGAUGGAGGCUGAGCAGCAGGGCCAGCUACUCACCCCUGAGGAGGUUGUGGACAGGAUCUUUCUUCUGGUAGAUGAGAACGGAGAUGGCCAGCUGUCUCUGAAUGAGUUCAUCGAAGGUGCCCGUCGUGACAAGUGGGUGAUGAAGAUGCUACAGAUGGACGUGAACCCCAGUGGCUGGAUCAAUCAGCAGAGACGGAAAAGUGCCAUGUUCUGAGGAGGAGUCUGGGGCCCUGGGAGCGUGGAGGAGUCUACAACCUCCCCCAGGACUCCAGAGCAGUGGGAGGGUCUCCGGCUUCGCUUGUACAUGCCCUCUCACCCUGGAGGGGACCUCUUGCACCUCCUGUGUAGGGGCAAGUGGGGACGGGAAGGGAUUCUGGGUCUGAAGUACCAACAGGGCACAGUCCAUUCUGGAAGAUUUCCCGGGGUGCUGAAGGGAACUUGGUUACUCCCCACUUCUGCUGCUGCUGCUGGAAGAGCUAUGCCUUGGCAGAGUGGUGUGGGGCUCCCACAGUUUCCUAGGUGCUCUCAGGUAGGAGCAGGAGUCGGCUGAGGGUUGGGGGUCCUAUAUGCCAAACCAGCAAUGAGAAUGGUCACACUUAUGGGGUAUGAAGCAAAGACUGGUAGGAAGCAGAGUCUGGAAGGUACUGAGACUGAAAACAGGUGGGAGCAUGUGGUAGGACCCCAGUAUCCUGAGGAGGCUUCUUGGCUAGGACUUAAGCCAAGAACCUCCUCCUCCUCAAUGGUGUCAACAGGGAGAACUAUAGCAAGUAAGUGGCAGCCUGUGGUCCUCCUGCCCCUUGAAAGAGUCAACUGUGCUUAAAGGGGCUGUUUCAGCUCUGCCUGGUGCUUCUCCCCCAGCCCUACUGCCGACCUGCCUCCUCCCAGAAUCCCCCUCAUUUUUCAUACCUGCCACACCCUGACCCCAUCCCCAGCAUGGACCUUCCACGAUUCGGAUGGAGAAACUUUCUGCCUCAGGGGAGAACCUGGGGUCUGGAGCCCGGGUUCUAGGCCAGGCUUUGCCUCCAGCUGCCAUAUGACCCAAGACCACCAUUUCCCUCCCCAAACUUUGGUUGUCUGUCCCAAAGGGUGAGCAGGUUGAACUAGGUGAGCAGUUUUCAGAUUCUUAUUUUUUUAGCCGUGGAACUCUUUUUUGUUAUAAAACUCUUAUUCGUGACCUCAGUGUAGAAACUGGAUUAAAGGGGAGCAGCUCUGGUUGAAGGGGGCUGGGGAACUUUGUUUCCCCCCAGACCCCUUGGAACACAGGCCCCUGGAAAAAACUAAGCAAGGACCAGUGGCCUAGAUUUAAAAGUGGGCCCUGGAAAAACAUUUGUUU